AUGAAUUAUAUAAUAUUAGUAUGCAAUAUCAUCCUAUUAAUAUGUAUCCACAUAAAUGUCCACGCUAACCCUAUAACAUUUGUUCGGCAUACUUUUCCAAUUUGCAAUUUCGAAGAUACAGUCGAUUUAACGAAUGUCCAUCGUUUUACAAAUGGCUCAUACAUUUACGAAAAUCGUCUAAUACCAGCCGAUCAAGUUGCCAUCUAUGACUAUAUAGAAGUGUUUGAUGGUCAACGUGUACCAUAUGAACCACAUCCACGUGCCUGCGUCUGUCAAUAUGGAAUUUGUCUAAAAUUCUGUUGUCAUCCGACAAAAGAAAUUCUCAACGCCGUUGGCCAGUGUCAGCCAAUCGAAUAUGAAAUACCCCAGAGCCAGUUAUAUGUGAAUGUGACAUUGAAGAAUGGUUGGACAUUGCGUCGCAAUGUCGCAAGGGAAUUUAUCAAAUUAGAAGGACUACCCUGCCCGUAUCCAUAUGCCUUAAUGCCGGAGACAUAUAAGGAGGAAGAAUGGCAAAUUAUGGAUGAUGGCAAACUAUUGUUGGUCCACUACGAUACGAUUGUAUCGAAAAAUGAUUAUUGUUUGACGCCAGUGAAGACGGCGUCAGAUGAAUGGUCAUUGUCGGCUAUGACAUGCCCCGUGCCAAAUGUUAUGUCAACAACCACACGUAUUUCGAAUGUUGGUGCUGUGGUAUCGACAUUGUUUAUGAUUUUAACCGUGAUCGUGUAUCUUGCCAUACCCGAUCUAAGAAGGAACAUAUACGGCAUGUUUAUAAUCAGCUGUUUAUUGUCAUUGGCAAUUGGCAACUCCAUGUUGGCUUUUGUAUCAUUGUCGGAAAUAACAUUUCCCGAGCUUACAUGCAGUUUUAUUGGUUAUGUGGCAUAUUUCUUUUAUGAAAGUGCCUACAUUGGGUUAUCCCUCAUUGGCUUCCAUCUGUGGCAGUCUAAGGCAAGGCAAAAUAAGGGAGUAAUUUCUGCUGACAUCUCCGAAUUGGGUAAUAAUUCGUAUUUCCCCUAUGUCCUUUUUACGUGCCUGAUAGCAUUUGCUCUAACUUUUGCAUUGAUGGUCAUACAAAGUUCGAAUAUUCACAAUGGCUACAAACCGGGCAUUGGUGAUGAGUAUUGUUGGUUAAAUGUACACAUCUGGUCGGCAUUUUUUUAUUUCUUUGCAUUGAAUGGUAUAAUUUUUAUUUGUGCAAUUCUAUUCACCUAUUUGGCUGCCAAGACACGUGGCAGUCAUAUGGACAAAUACGAUGAUCGUAAACCAAUUGUUUAUGAAAGUUCCGACUUGAUGAAACCACAACAGGGUCGUAUUCCUUAUGUGCAGGAUACGCGUAGAAUGAUCUCCAUUUACUCUUUGUUAUUGCUUGUGUUCCUGAUAUCCUGGUUCUUGAGCAUAUCAUCGUAUUUGGGUGAAAUGUUGGGACUCGACAGUGAUAAUAUACUGCUCUACACUUCCGAUUUGGCCAAUUGCAUUGAGGGUCCAUUAAUAUUUCUAGUACUCGUUAUAAAACCCAAAGUUAUGUCGUUGCUAAGAAAUAAAUAA